GAACGCACCCCAGUGUGAAUUCCGCAUAAAGAGGGAAAUAUGGCUGUACGCCUUCCAUAGUAUACCAUCCGCGCCUGUGUGCCUUCGACCAUUUCUCACGUGGUCCUUAAUACGACUUGUCGCCGCCUUUGUGUACGACGAGCAUUAUCUACGAUUCAUCAACUUGAACGGACAUUUCAACAUGCUUCGGAGACUAGCUGGGAUGCUAGGACAUACAAAACAAGGGGUCCACUUACUGAAUACUUCUCGCUACAACAACGCGGCUGGUAAUGGAUAUCGUGCAGGAGGACAAUGGGCCCGCAACGUGAGCGGCGGAAUCGGCAACACUUUGCAAAAGCCCAACUGGCAGUAUGAAAACCUAAAACCGUUGAAGAAAAACUUUUAUAAUGUGCACCCGAAUGUAUCGGCACGUAGCGCCCAGGAAAUUGAGUUAUAUAGACAAAAAAAGCAGAUUACUGUAAAGGGUGACAAGGUUCCUGACCCUAUUCAGUACUUUGAGGAGGGUAACUUCCCAGACAAUAUUAUGCGAAUGAUCAACAAGUUUGGCUUCCACGAGCCAACUGCGAUUCAAGCUCAAGGUUGGCCGAUUGCCAUGUCCGGACAAAACAUGGUAGGCAUAGGGCAAACAGGUUCGGGAAAAACGCUGGGUUACAUUUUGCCCGCCAUUGUUCACAUUAACGCUCAAGAGCGCUUGAAUCACGGUGACGGCCCAAUCGCGUUGGUUCUCGCCCCGACCAGGGAACUCGCUCAACAGAUACAAUCGGUGACGCUCGAUUUCGGCUCGUACGUAAGGAGCACCUGUAUCUUUGGUGGUGCACCCAGGGGUGGUCAAGCGCGCGAUCUGCGCCGUGGUGUAGAGAUUUGUAUUGCUACGCCUGGUCGUCUGAUUGAUUUUCUAGAACAGGGCACGACUAAUUUGCGCAGGUGCACAUACUUGGUGCUGGAUGAGGCUGACCGCAUGCUGGACAUGGGCUUCGAGCCUCAAAUUCGCAAAAUUAUCGAACAGAUCAGACCAGACCGGCAGGUCCUCAUGUGGUCGGCCACGUGGCCGAAAGAAGUGCGCAGUCUAGCGAAAGAAUAUUUAGAGAACUACGUUCAACUGAAUAUCGGGUCGUUGACAUUAGCCGCCAAUCAUGAUAUUCUUCAAAUUAUCGAUGUCUGUGAAGAACACGAGAAGGAAUCGAGGUUGAAGACUCUGCUGGAAAAUAUUUAUGAUGCUAACGUGGAUGGCUGCAAGAUUAUAAUUUUUGUAGAGACAAAGAAAAAGGUUGAGAGCAUUACGAGAAGUAUUCGGCGCUUUGGUUGGCCUGCGGUGUGCAUCCACGGUGACAAGUCCCAACACGAGAGAGAUUUUGUCCUUAGAGAAUUUAGAAAUAAAAGAAGCUCGAUUCUUGUUGCAACUGACGUUGCUGCUCGUGGUCUUGAUGUCGACGAUGUGAAAUACGUGGUCAACUUCGAUUAUCCGUCCUCAUCUGAAGACUAUAUCCAUAGAAUCGGCAGAACUGGACGCUCAGGAAACAUGGGAACAAGUUACGCCUUCUUCACGCCGCAAAACGCCCGUCAAGCGAGGGACUUGAUAAACGUGCUUGAAGAAGCUAAACAAGAGGUCAAUCCGCAGCUGAUUAAAUUCGCGAUGAGCAGUGGUGGCGGCGGCGGCGGAUAUGCCAACAGAAAUCGUUGGGGAUACGGCAACCGUGGGAGGGACAAUGUUUUCCGUGGUACGCGCAAACGAUUCGAUACUAACAGAGUACCCAAUUACAAUAGAUGAUCCUAUUAUCAAACGAAUCAAUUCUAAGGUGGAUAAAGCCUUUACAGUAGAAAUUCGAUGUAAUGCCACUCGGUAUAUUCUUCACGAGCCAUAGUUUGGAUCUUUUGCACGUUACAACUGGUUAACCCACUGUCGUAACAGUCAUAACAAAGUUUACCGAAUGACAGCGUGCGCAGACGCGCGAAGUUACUCGCGCACUUGCUAUGCGACCAACAUAUCGCUACGUGUUUUUCAUGAUGUAGAUGUUACAUUGAAUUGCCAGCAUGUACUAAGCUGUGUGGAUGCCUUAACGCGCAUCAACUAUUUACUAGGGUUUCUUUUUUAACUUUACGUGUGUGUUAAUGUGUACAUAGAGGUGACCCAGUUACAAUGUUAAGGCAUAUACAUGCUGCUUGGAGUAAAAACUGUCGCAGUUUUGUUGGCUCGUGGUGGAACAAGUGCGAGCAUUGCGUAUUGACACAACUGUAAGAUGAAAGAGCUCGUGAUACAUGAACUGAGCUAUGUAAACGAAGUAAAGAAAAGGAAAAGGAGAGGAGAAGAAAAGAAAGGAUGGUGCAAUACAAUUUGCGAGUGUCAGAUAAUUGCGCGAGUGCAUAAUUUGAGGACGAUCCCGUAUGGCGGGUAGUAGGCGGCUGUCAUAACAGUCUCGACGUUAUGAAGAAAACAUGCGACGCAGAACCAUUUCGAGAAAUUCUGCAUUCUCGUACAAUAAUCCUGGGUUAGGCAUUACAUUUUACUGUAUUAACCGCGUUUUAGUUUUUAUUACCAUUCCUAGGCAAUUUUUGAAACAUUCUUUUUUAUCACUUUCUAUCGUCUAGAUCGGCUAGAUUUAUCUCGAAUAGUAAGCGAAUAGUAUCUCGAAUACAGAUGUACGUUUACUCUAAACGGUCAUCACUCUCUCCAUACUAUACCAAAAGCGCUGUAAUAUAAGUAAACGUAACUUGGCGCGAGAAAAGAGCGUUCAGCCAAGCUUUCGAUCCAUUGGUAGAGCGACACAAAACCCCAACUUUCUUGCAAAACCGAUCUUUGCUGAACGCAACCACUUGGUUACGUUGUCUUAUUGACUGAAUUACACAUCCCUUUGGUUGAAUCUUGAUACUUAUAUACAGCAAUGCGGGUAUCGAGGCCAGAGUGAGUGAAUUUUUGUAGCAUGUAUGGUAAUUUAUCUGAGUUUGCAAAAAGCUAUUUGUCAGUAAGUUUAUUUAUUGGAGGUGAAUGCGAUAGAACGAAACACGGGAGAACGAUAAAGAGUUGAUUGAUCAAUUGUUUGCAGCAGGACCGAUUUUUCUUUCCUGAUCAAUCACAGUCUGUAGAUCAGAUUAAGCAGGCGUGUGAGAGUCUGAAUAGCAGGUUUUUGUGCGCAAAUAUCCACUACAAAUGUCGAAUGCAAAUUUUUGUUGAUUUGAAGUAUUUUCACCUGCUUUUGAGUCUCUGAUGUUGUGCAGGCAAAGAUUUGGAACAAAUAAACAUCUCGUGAAAAAAAA